UCGACCACGACGACGACUUUGGAGAGGAAGAAACACGCACCACAUCACACACCCUUCAACCCGCUUGCUUGCCUGCUCCCUCGCUCGCUCGCUUACUUGCUUGCUUGACACAGACACCAACCAAAGAUGGGUUGUGGACAGAGUAAAGAUGAAGAUUUGAGGGACGAGAACAUUCGAUCCCGCGCACCGACCUCACGUGCAGCAGCAUCACAGCCGGUUACGCCAGCAACGCACCAUCAACAACGCCCUGACCGAAUUGCGGCUGUCAUCGACAGAUCAGAAGAGCGCGCUCGACAAGAAGAAGACUUGCAACAGCAGCUGGAAGAUGCAAUGAUGAAUACACAUCGCGGAUAUGAAAGCGACGAUGAGGACGAGGAUGAUGUCAUGGAUCGACGGGCGCGUGUGCUGGAGGCGACGGUGCAGCAGCCGCCAAGCGUUCCCCGCAGCACCAUCACAGACGCCGCUGCCGUCAUGGCAGAGCCCCUCAGGCUCAUGCCAGAUGUCCCGGAGGAUGUGCUUGGGCAGAUGCAGGAGGUGCAAUCGAAUGCGCUGACAAGCGCCGGUGUGAAACCGCGCGCAGAGACAAUCAACAUGUCCACCCGACUCGUGUAGGCACAAGACCACAACCCCCUUCCACCUCACCCUUUCUCUUCGUCCUUCUAACUUGGUCGUGCCCUCCACCCAUUUCCAGUUCACCUCGCCGUGCCUGUUGCUGCUGCAUCUGUUCGAGUCGCAGUAGCAUCCCACAUUCCUUUCUCGUGCAUGCUGCGUGUGGUGCUUACACUGGCAACAAUGGUGCCGCUCAGUUCAAUAGUCAGUGUGUGUGCGUGUGCGUGUGUGUCAGCGGCUUUACUUCUUCCACUAGUUUCUUUCCGAGCGAGUGUGUGUGUAUGUGUGUGUGUGUGUAUUUCCUCCACGAGGAUCGCUUGAUUUGCUGUCACUGGGUGUGUAUGUUUUUCAGAAUGGAUGAACGUUGAUGACGAAUGAACACGCGCGUCUGCUCAUACACACGCAUACGUAACACUUGACCAGUCCACUGAAGACAAUUGCGAUGAUGCUUAACAGAACAGU